AUGGAGUUACAUGUAGCGAAAGAACUUCCACAAUGUCCUGAAUACUUCAACUUUGCUUACGAUGUCGUCGAUAAAUGGGCUGCACAGUUGCCAUCGCUUCAGGCAAUGCUCUGGGUUGACCAGCAGGGCAAAGAUCCACGAUCUCUCGAUUUUGCGUAUUUCUCCCGCCAGUCAAAUCGCGCCGCGGAAUUGUGGGAAAUUGCGACCGCUGCGAUUCGCAUUGGCAUUGUGGUCUGUCCAUGCCCCGUACUGGCUGUAGCACAUGAUAUCAAGUAUCGUGCGGAGGCAUCCAAGGCUUCCAUAUUUGUUGGAGACACUGUCAGUAUCUCCAAGUUCAAGGCCGUCCAACACGAAUGUCCCGAUAUUCGAACAAUUCUUCAGGCAGCAGGUUCCCCGCUUGUGGACGAACUCCAGUAUUCUGCUGAGCUGGAGAAGAUACCGAAGCACUUUGUCUUCAAAAAUACGUUACCGAAAACUAAAUGGUCGGACCCAUCCGUCAUUUAUUUUACGUCGGGUACAACCGGUUAUAUGGCACUUGAACUAAAUGUUUUCUUCGAAGCACACGUUUUGACUGGUAGCCUGUGGCUUGGGUUAGAACCUGGAAAGUUAUAUUGGAAUCUUUCUGAGCAAGGUUGGGCGAAGGCAGCAUGGGCAUGGUUCGCUGCUUGGAGUUGUGGAGCAGCUCUCUUUGUCCAAGAGACCGUCGGCCCUUUCAAUGCCGAGAGUGCUCUUGAUAAUCUGCACAACUAUCCCAUUACCACCCUUUGCUCCCCUCCCACCGCUUAUCGGCAGUUUGUGCUUCCCUCAAGGCGCAAGUACUUUUCCCAAAGGCCUCCGUUGGCGCUGGAGCAAUGUGUUGGGGCAGGAGAACCGCUGAAUGACGAGGUAAUUCGCAUCUGGGAAGAUAUGAGUGGCAUAAAAAUUCGUGAUGGGUACGGCCAAACUGAAACUACUCUUGUUUGCGGAAAUUUGAAAGGGGCCAAGGUCAAGUAUGGGUCAAUGGGCCUCCCGGUCCCUGGUGUGCCCUUGACUGUUGUGGACGAGAAAGGCGAUGAAUCCCCAGCGUUCCAGGAGGGUGAAAUUGCCAUUGCAACCACGACCAGCUCUGGCGUUAGAACCAUUAAUCUCUUUUCCGGUUAUCUGAGUCCAGAUGGAAAAGUUACGUUGCCUCAACGGAAAGGGAAAAGCUGUUAUUGGUAUCUCACAGGAGAUAGAGCUUAUAAGGACGAUGAUGGCUACCUUUGGAUUGGUGAGUCGCCAGUCCCUGCGGCCAGAUUGGUAGAGAACAACAAAGACGAUAUUGAAGUUCUCUCAGGUCCAUUUGAAGUCGAGUCCGUCCUCAAGAAGCACCCUGCAGUUGUUGAAUCCGCUGUAGUGGCGUCCCCAGAUCCCGAUCGUGUCGAGGUUGUCAAAGCCUUCAUUGUUUUGGAAGACAGUUUCAAGUCACGCAAUCCUGAUUCCCUGGUAACUGAGCUUCAGGAGUUUUGUAAAAAGCAAACUGCCCCUUACAAGUACCCUCGACGGAUCCAGUUUGUAGAGCCGAGUUUCCUGCCCAAGACAAUUAGUGGAAAGAUUAAAAGAGCGGAACUAAGGGCUUUAGAGAGGAGGAUAUGCUCUAGAUCACCUAAAUCGCCAUCACAUAAAUUAAGCAUGGCGACUGACGUCAACUGGGAGCUGAUGGAGGGCAUUCCCCAAGUCGAGGAUCCAUUCAUCCAGAAGUACCUCCAGGGACGAGAUGCGAUGAUUAGGUGUCUAGAUUUCUAUUUUCGCAAGUCAAUGUCACCUGCCGCUGCAGUGGCUUGUAAAAUAAUUUCUGCCAUUCGUCGGCGAGAACUGAGAGAAGUCUGGACGAAGGACACUGAGCAAGAUCUAGCCUCUCAAUCUGACGAACCGCUGUAUCCUGGCAUGAUGUUCCAUUUAGGAAGAGAGCGGAUGGAGAAAACAGAUCUUUGGAAGAUUAUUGAGAAAAUGCCAAAAGAAGCUAUGAUCGACCUGGAUUUGCUAUGUGAUUUAGUGCUAUCGCUCCCCAACCUAUACAUGUCCACUUCAACGCCAUUGGUCACAGCAAAGGAUUGGGAGACGAGUCCAAUCCAUUUCCAGUACUUUUCAAACCCUCCAGGCCAGCCCGGAAAGAGAAGCAUUCUUUGGGAAGCGGGAUAUACUCCUAUGUCCUUUGCGCCUGUUCAGCAACUUGCUAGCGUAUAUCCCACCGGCGGAAUCGACGGAUUCCGCGCCUGGUUAAAAAGCAGAUGUACUCUUUCUCCUGAGCCGUCUUCACAUCAUCGCGGGGUUGACGAUAUCUGGAUUCAGUUUCAACGUACCUUCCAAGUUGUUGAUUCUAUUUUAUAUUAUGAGCCUGUUUUCCGGGCUUGUAUGCAACAAAUGCUCAAGGAGCUCCACGAGGAUGGUAUCCGUUAUGUUGAGUUCCGAUUGGUGUUCGACUUCCCAUAUCGACGUGACCGCCGUGAUCAACCCGAAUCGGAUUAUGAAGCUUUUUUCCAAGCUUUCGGUGAAGAGACCGAGAAAUUCAAGCUUUCGCCCGAAGGGAAGGGUUUCCAUGGAGCACGGAUGAUUUGGACGACAGUGCGCACCCUUUCAAAUCGAUUGAUUGCCGAAAAUAUGAAGGAUUGUAUUUCCAUCAAACAGAAAUUUCCGGGGUUGGUUGCGGGCUAUGAUAUUGUUGGUCAGGAGGAGAAAGGGCGAACGCUUGCAGAUUUAGUCCCGGUCCUAUUUUGGUUCAAGAAGAAAUGUGUUGAGGCAGGGGUGGAUAUACCAUUCUUCUUCCAUGCGGGGGAAUGGGUUGGAGACGGCGACGAAACGGAUCAUAACCUCUUUGACGCCAUCUUAUUGGGCGCACGGAGGAUUGGUCACGCCUUGACUCUCCACAAACAUCCGCUUCUUAUCGAUCUAGUCAAGGAGAAGAAGAUCUUGAUCGAGUGCUGUCCCAUAUCGAACGAAGUACUUCGCCUUACUAGUUCAAUUAUGACACAUCCCCUCCCUGCAUUGCUCGCAAGAGCAGUCCCGGUGGCAUUGUGCAAUGACGACCCUACGCUACUGGGAUACGGGAAAAGUAGAUUUACACAUGACUUCUGUCAGGUUCUCAAUGGCUUAGAGAACGUUGGGCUUGCGGGUCUUGCGAUGAUGGCGGAGAACUCAAUAAGUUGGAGUUGUUUUGAGGACCAAAAUUCAUCCGAAUGGCUACGGGACAUUCUCGCCGGACUGGCAGGAACUGGCGUGAAGGCAGCUAGUUUGAGGGAUUGGCGGAUUGAGUUUGAAAGGUUCUGCCAGUGGGUGACGUUGGAGUUCGGCUCCGAGGUUGACGAGGAUGACGAGGAUGACGAGGAUGAGUAA